UCCGCCCCGCCGUGCGGGGGUGUCUGAGCGAGCGCCCGGGAGCAGCGCGGUUGCUGCAUUGCCGCGGCAGCCCCGAGCGGAGCGGAGCACAGCACAGCGGCGUCGCUGGGGGUGUCCGCGGGGCGUCCUCGGAGGGGCUCGGGAGCGGCGGGAGAGAGGCGAAGGGGAGGUCGCGGGUGCCGGCGGCGGCUGAGAGUGUGCGGUGAGGAGAGAGGCGCGGGGCGGCCAGGAGCGGGGCCAUGUCGCUGCACAACUCGCCGGCGGCCACGGCUGCCGCCGACCUCCCACCGGGUCCCGGUGCGGGGCUCCCGCCGGGACCGGAGCUGAAUCAGGGCAGCGCGGUGCCCCUGUCAGUCGAGGAGGGCGGCGAGGAUGAGGAGGAAGAGGAGGAAGAAGAGAAGAAAGAAAAGGAGCAAGAGAAACUGUCGCCCAUCCCGUCAAUAUCCAGCGCGGCUGCCGGGGGGUUGGAGAGAGAAGCCAAAAAUCAGUUUUCCACUUUCAACAAUUUCAUCACAACUAUCAACCAAAAGAAAGAAGGCAUCGAAAACAGAAAUUCACCUUCUCAACUUGUUAUACCCGACAUCAAAAAUGUGAGAGACCUACCACCUAUUUGCCUGGAUGUACGACAAAAGCAGCGCAUCUCUAUAGAUACCCUACCCCAGGAACUGAAAGCACCAAUUCCUUCUGAACCUUCCCUCCCCAUCCGAACCAAAACUGAGAAAGAUUUUCAGGAUGAUGUGGAAAAGGCUAAGUCAUCAGGAGAUUGGAAAGCUGUACAUGAUUUUUAUUCUACAACAUUUGAUUCAUUCCUGGAGAUAAAUGCUGCAUUUAAGAAAGAUAUCAGUUCUCCAUUUAAUACCAUUGAGGACUCUGGAAUCAAUGCAAAAUUUGUGAAUGUUGUCUAUGAUGCCUUAUUAAAUACUCCUCAAGAUGUUCAGAAGUCAGUCUUAAAAGGAAUAAUUAAUGGUCUGCUACAAGAAUGGAAAGGACCACGAACAAAAGAUGAUCUUAGAGCAUACUGUAUACUUUUACAGAAUCCUCAAUUUAGUAACACUUCUACUUACGUCAUCUAUGCUCACUUGUUAAGACAGAUAGCAGCCUUAACAGAAGCUGACCAUCAUUUCCUAGUGCACUGGUCUAAAAAGAUUUCACAGAGGAGGUUCAAGCAGCUGGUGGACAGGUUGCUACAAUUUAUUUCUUUACGCCUGUUUCCUGCAAAACCUGAAGAAUUUCCACCUAUGGUGAAAUGUACCUGGUGGAUUCCAUCAGCAACCAAAGUCCUGGCUUUAUUUAAUGCUGCAAACAGUCUGAUCAGUCCUCCCAUUAUUUCAUAUACAGAGUUCUAUAAUUCUACACUUGAUCAUAUUGAUCUUAUGGAAGAAUAUCAUAAUUGGCGAUGUUAUGGAAAUUCUCACAGGUUCUCUUUCUGUCAAUACCCAUUUAUUAUUUCCAUAGCAGCAAAAAAAGUUAUUAUUCAAAGGGACUCGGAACAACAGAUGAUUAGCAUUGCACGGCAAAGCCUUGUGGAUAAAGUCUCUCGCAGACAGAAACCUGACAUGAAUAUGUUGUUUCUAAAUGUGAAAGUGAGGAGGACUCACCUUGUUAGUGAUUCACUUGAUGAGCUAGCAAGGAAGAGAGCAGAUCUGAAAAAGAAGUUGAAAGUCACAUUUGUUGGGGAAGCUGGACUUGAUAUGGGUGGCCUGACAAAAGAAUGGUUUCUUCUUCUGAUUCGCCAGAUUUUUCACCCAGAUUAUGGCAUGUUCACCUACCACAAAGACUCCCACUGCCAUUGGUUCAGCAGUUUUAAGUGUGAUAACUAUUCUGAAUUCCGAUUGGUUGGAGCUCUUAUGGGACUUGCUGUAUAUAAUAGCAUCACCUUGGAUAUUCGGUUCCCACUUUGCUGCUACAAGAAAUUACUGAGUCCUCCAAUUGUUCCGUGCAAUCAUAACACCCUUGUAGGCAUCUGUGAUGUCACAUUAGAUGACUUGUUUCAGAUUAUGCCUGAACUGGCCCAUGGACUAAGUGAACUUCUCUCCUAUGAAGGCAACGUUGAAGAGGAUUUUUACUCAACCUUUCAGGUUUUUCAAGAAGAAUUUGGUGUUAUAAAAUCUUAUAACUUAAAGCCAAAUGGAGAUAAAAUUCCAGUCACAAAUCAGAAUAGAAAAGAGUAUGUGAAGCUCUAUGUUGAUUUUCUUCUCAACAAAACAAUCUACAAACAAUUUUCAGCUUUCUAUUAUGGAUUUCAUAGUGUCUGUGCUUCAUAUGCAUUACUGCUACUUCGUCCAGAAGAGGUUGAAAUUCUUGUCUGUGGCAGUCCUGAGCUGGACAUGUCUGCUUUACAACGAAGUACCCAAUAUGAGGGCUACCAAAAAACUGAUCUGACUAUACGAUACUUUUGGGAUGUAGUACUUGGAUUUUCUCUUGACCUUCAAAAGAAGCUGCUACAUUUUGCUACAGGAAGUGACAGAGUCCCUGUGGGAGGAAUGGCUGAUUUGAAUUUCAAGAUUUCGAAGAGUGAGACAUCCACUAGUUGGUUGCCUGUGGCCCAUACCUGCUUCAACCAGCUUUGUCUCCCUCCUUACAAGAACAAGAAGGAACUGAAGCAGAAGUUAAUCAUUGGAAUUUCAAAUGCAGAGGGGUUUGGUUUAGAAUAAAAAUUCUUCAAGAACAGCAUUUUUAUGUAGCAUUCACUCUCUUCUAAUUGUGCCUUUAAGCUUUUUGUUAUGUCUCUUAGUACCGUGCCAGUCUUACACAACUUAGAUAUAUAUUUUUUUUCAAAGUAAAUAUGAAGGGUAUGGGGUUUUUUCUGAAUGGCAAUACAUUUACUGCUUGCUUUGUCACAAAAAUUAGCUUUCUACAUUAAAAAGGUAGUCUAUUUGCUAAGUACCAUCUAAGACAAGUUCUCAAUUACAGUUUGUUUCUGUUUUUCUUUAAUAGCACUUUAUCAUUAUCAUAAUUCCUUUACAUCACAGGUAUCCCACUGGGAGAUAAUAUACAGAAUUUUUCUUUAUUAGCCAAUCCCAAUGGUAGAAUGUUUUCAACUAAUAUGAAUAACAGAAAAAAAUCUAAUGUGCAGCUUGUAGCCAUAUUUUCACAAAGUCAAGUAUGAAUUUUAGUCUUUAUAAAAUAUAUGAAGUUUUAAUAUUCUGAUUUUUCCUUCUCAAUUAAACAGGCUAUCUAAGCUACAGAUUUUUCUUUCAGCUGAAUGAGGCCCAGAUCAUUCUUGUCUCCUCAGCAUCUAAUUCACAGUUUUACCCUUUUAAUUCUGCAGGGGCAUGGAUGCUUAGUGUCUUCUUGUGUCUAUACUCAGUUACUUUUUGCAAUAAGAGUAAAAUGUUAUUCUUGUUUUCCCUCUCUGUAUAUUUUGCAUACAGCCAACAGAUUUACACUAUGAACAUAUUAAUCUGUCCUAUAGUUUCAAAGCUGUUGCAGAUAUUCUUCAACAGCUAAGUGUAAAUUUAUUCUAUUUCCUAAAGAAAGUACUAGUGAUUUCACUUUUAUUAAAGCAGAGAUAAAUAGAAGGAUAUUUUAAAAUACGGGGCCGUGUAAGGUCUCCUUGGAAUCAGUAAUGAAAUGUCCAUAAACAAGAUAGGUUACCACAGAGAGUGUUGAAAGCAGCACUUCAAACUUGUGAAUUUUACAAUGUUUCUCCCAAAAGGAGAAUUUAAAAUUUUGAUUUACAGUAUUUCAGAUGUUUAGAAAUAAAUGGGACUUUCACCAUUGCACUGAAUGGACUACUUAGUUUCAACUGAUGUUGAAUUUCUGGCAGCUGAAUGUGGAUAGGAAGUAAAAAAUCUGAAACACCUUUCCCCUUCCCCUCUCAGUAGAACUGAAUUCAUGGAAGGUUGGCUGAUUAAUAAAUAGCUAUAAAAUUUAUCUUAAAAACAUGGCAAAUUAGCCAAAAUAUUUUUUUAUGGCUUAAGCCCACUUUUAAUAACUACUUAGCUAUUAUUUUUAAAAGAAAAGCUUUAUCUCCUUAUUUUCACUGAAUUGCACUUUGCCUUUUAGUUUUAUUUAUUGACGCUUUUUUGAUUUACUGUGUAAUAUUACCUCAGAAUUCUAAAAAGGCUAUUGUAUUUGCAUCAGUUUUUAAAUAGGAUGGUCAUUUAAUGACAUUUUAUAUAUUUCCUGAUGUUGAUAAAUUAAAUAGUAAAUUUUGUAUUUGUUAAAUGAAAGCAUUGCACUGUAUUUAUGAAAUAAGCCUCUGAACAUUCUAUAACUCUUCCUCAGUGAUGUUUUGUUGUUCUUUCGUCUUGCCCUGUAAUAGAGGAAUUUUUUUUAAUCUCUAUCAUUGUUUUGUACUGUACAAAAAAAAUCUGCUUUGUUUAAAAUUGUUCAUUACUAAGUAUCUAUUUUUAGGUAUUAAAAUUGUGAAGUCAUUAA